ACCGGGGCGCCCCGGCGCGUGCGGGCCGCCGCUGCCGUGGGGGCCGCGGCGCGCGCGCGAGCCGCCGCACGCGGGCGCCACCUCCCCGGCGCGGAGCCACCCAGGGCCGCCUGCGCUCUCUGCAGGCCGUGGGCGGCCAUGUCGGCGUCGCGCGGAGGGGCCAGCGUGCUGAGACUGGCGGCGCUGGCCCUGCUGAGGGUGCUGGGGGCCGCGGGCGGGGGUUGCAGCUGCGACUUGGACCUUCAAAAGGUUGGCCACAACAACCUGGGCGCCAAAGGGCCCGACCCCUCGGACACAGAGCCCACCCUCGUCUUCAAGGACGUGUGCUCGCCCGGCGGGGAGCCGGUGGACCUGGUCAUAGAAGUCAUGGGUGAUUACGCCACAGAGGACUCUUACCUGAAUGGGAAAAACUCCAAAGGCCCUUACGGCACCAUCAACCUCGAGAAGGUUCGGCAGCCCAUCGGCUCCCAUGGGUUCGCGCUGGAGUGCAUUUUUUCCCAGGACAGUGGUCGUGGGGUCGGUCGCCUUGCGCUCAAUCUCCUGGUGAUGGUCAUGCUCUCCAGCCUGUUUCUCGUCUCCUCCGCCCCGGACGAGCCGCGGCACGAAGCGGGCAGCAAGACGGCCAACCACCAGCUGACUGACAAGUGGGCCGGCAAGGCAGUGCCCAUCAAGUUUGAGUUUCUGGUGCAGCACAAGCUGGGCGAGUACUAG